AUGUCUUGUGAAGCACCUCUAAAUCGAGAUAUUGGAGAACGCGGAUGGGAUUGUUUUAGUUUUAUCGAAAUUUCAGGAGGCCCAACAAACCCGGUUUUGAAACACGUUAAGAAAGAUACAGAAAAAUUGAUCAAAGAAGCUACGUUCUGUCUAAUAGAUAAAAGCGUGGAGCUCACUAAAAGUAUAUCAACAUAUAUGUGCGAACUAAUAAGACAAAAUAAUGAGCCGAAAAUAUUAACACUCUCAAAUUCAAACGAGAACGUUCCAAAAAGUACGAGAAUGGUUAUGGUCUCAAAUAAAAUUGCAGCGUGGAAAAACAUAGAAAUAGCAGAAGAGGAAUGA